AUGGGUCGCCUCGAAGAGGACCCUGAAGAGGAACUCGAGGACGGGGAGGAAUGGUCCGUAGUGCCGCGAAAGGAGAUCCGGUUUUCCACUUUUUUGGGGGCUCCUGGCAUAGCCAGGAUCGACCUGACCCCGCUGACCCGGAAGAUCGUCGGCUGCGUCGUAGGUGAGAACGUGACCACCGAGUAUCCUUGGAUCUACGUCAAGAAGGAGGUCAUCGAGGAUAACCUCGACUUGCACGACGAGAGCAGCGACUUCUUGCCGGUCAAGGACGAGAUCCAGUCCUUCCCCGACACGAAGAUGCUGAUAGGGUACGCGCCCUCCUCCACGGAGGAGGGCCAGUUCUACAUCUGCUUGACGGAGGAAGGAAGAGAUGCCGUGAUGAGACACAUCGAGGACCUUCGAGAGGAGCAGGAAAGGCGCGUCAGCAACGCCGUGUACAAGUCGAUAGGCACCUGGAAGGACCUUGGAAGUGGAGAGGAAGUCGACGACGGCAUCGUGAAGAAGAAGAGACCGCUCUUCCUGAUUGAGGUGGAGUCGACCGCGGAAUUAUUGGAGAAGUUGCCAACCCUGGUGGACAGCGGAGCCAGCGAUCGACGCGACGGUUACAUAGAGUUGGUACCUCGAAGAGGAAUCCCGAUAAACGUGACAAGACGUACGGUAGAGAAAAGCGAACAGGCGAGUCCAGCUCAUCGCGAGGCGACCGCGCAAACUUCUAUUUCCGUAAAAACCAACGCUCAAGUCCAGUAUCGGUACGAGUACCAGGUCGACUCUAAAAAGGCACAUCCUACCUUGACAAGUGGCCUGAAGGAGGAGGUGUGCGACCAGGUACUCCUCAACGCUACCUGGGAUCUAUACACCAACGACUACGCGAACCUGGUGCGCCACCCAAGAGACACAGAACCACCUGUGGUGGUGGGGUACACGGAACACCAGAGCUUCUCCGAAGGCAAGCUCUGUGUGGACAAGACCAUCAACGAUUUGAGCUGGCAUCCUCUCUGGACCGGGAUCGCCGUGGUGGCUUACGCCGAUCAUGGGAAAAGCCAGACCCUGGAAGGACCCCCCAGGGUCAGCGAGGUGAGUCCUGGAAGAGCGUUGGUUUGGUCCUUCAGCGAUGCCCUCUCGCCGAAGCUGAUCCUGGAGUCGCAUCGAGAGGUCACUGCUGUGUCUGUCUGUCCUCUUGACGGGAAUGUCAUUGUAGGGGGUUGCGUCAAUGGCCAGCUGGUCAUCUGGCACAUUCCGGGGAAGAUCGAGUUGGUCGAGGCCGUGGUCGUGCACACCUCGGCCCAGGUGAAGUACCGGAUUGCCCUGCGGUCCCUGAUGACCUGGAUGAAGGAGUCCAUCGGCUCGUCCGUGGUGCGACCUGCGGCGACCUCCUCGUUGACGCACAGCCAGAGAGGAGCCAUUACGCAGAUUCGGUGGCUACCCUCGCAUAACAAAAUCGACAAGAAUGGCAGGAUCCUGACCCUACCAGAGGACACGCCGGUGGAGGAUCUCGCCUGGCAAUUCGCAACCUGCAGCGAGGACGGCACCGUUGCCUUUUGGGAUCUUAAAUGGCAACCACCACCCGAGAAGAGCAAGGACCAAUCCCAGCAGCGCGGCAGAAGGUCCAGAAAGCCACCCAAGCCGGAAGCCCUGGCGGAGUCGAUGUCGCCCUUCAAGGUGCUCGACGGGAUCUUCAAGCCGGAGUAUCUCCUGGUCGUGAAGUACCCUGACUCGAGCCGGAGAGCCGUUCUCACUGCGAUGAGCACCCAUUACCCUAGCCUCCCUCGGGAGCUCGUAGACCCCAUCCCGCCGUCCCAAGACAACGUGGCCGUUCGCAAGUACUAUCGGUACCGACCCAUCAAGCCAGACUUCGAGAUGGUCCCAGAGCUCCUGCUGGGCACCGACGAGGGCGAUCGUCUGCUGGUCUCCUGGGAAGGCUUCGAGUUCACUACGGGAGUGGUCGUGAAUCGCGAGACCUGUCGAUGGACAUCCUGGAGUCGCAUCCACGACGGCUUGGUGGCGAGCAUCGCGCGGUCCAGAUACAUCCCAGAAAUCUGCGCCACGGUUGGAGGCAAGAUCUUCGCGAUCUGGAGACAGGACUUCGAGGACCCGGUCUUCUGGAGGCGAUGUCUCGUUAGGUACACUGCGUGUUGUUGGGGCAGUUAUCGACCUUCAGUGCUGAUCGUUGGGAGAGCCGACGGCACCGUCGAGGUCUGGGACUUCCUGGUGAAGAGCCACGAGCCGACGUUUUCCCAGAGCGUCUCUGGAAGAGUCAUCACGGGGAUUUAUACACACGAGCUGUUUCUUGAUCCCCAGUGUGUCGGCAUCUGUGACUACAAUGGCACCCUGAGGAUAUUUUUGACACCUCGGGCUCUGGUGACCCACGACCCAUCCGACGUGGACUGGAUGCGCAGCUUCAUGGACCGCGAGGUCGAGAGGAUACGGAGGUUCAAGGAAUGGCAGAGCAAGUGGAAUGAGGAGAACCAGGAGUGGCUUGAGAAGAGGAAGGAGCUGGCCGAGGUGAAGAAGAAGACGAAGAAGUCGCCAGAAGCUGGGCUCGAUAAAUCCAAGGUCGUGGAGUCGAAGAAGACGAAGACCACCUCGAAGACUCCUAAGCAGACUGCUCCCGCGGCUGGAAAGUUCCUGGAGGACGCCAAGAACCAGUGGCUGGGUAGAGAGCUUAACCGCAUGCAGAGGGUCAUCCUAGACAAGAAGGGCUUGAAAGAGGAAGACCUUGAGAAGCAAAGAGCUCCAGUGACCAGAUUGCGAGAGGCUGCCAAGGAGAAAAAACGAAAAAUCGGGGAGAUCCUUCGGCAACGGGACAAGAUUUUCGAGGACACGGUCGCCAUCUUGUUUCCGGAGAGAAAAAUAGAGGAAAGCGCAGCUGUCAACGAGGAUCGCUUAGAGGAGCCUGAAGAGGUAGAGGAAGAGGAUGUCGGGAAGGAAACGCGAGUGUCGGAAAGUCGCCAAGAGGAACGUGGAAAGCUGGUCCAGGAGUUCCUAAAGAUCCAGGCCGAGGCGUUGGCCGAGGUGAGGACGAGUCCCCACGAGUAUUCCUUCGACUGGCGCAAGAUCCUCGCCGAUGGAAAGGCUCGCCGAAGGGCCCUGGACCUGGACCUUCCGCAACGCAGCGAGAAAAGGAGGGACAUCUUCAGGGAGCGGUCUAGUUUAUCCACGAUGGGGGUUUGA